AUGGAGCCAUGGGACAUCUGGAACCAGUACUUUCGAGGCGGCGCACACAAAGAAGAUGCUGACGACGGCGACGACGACGAGAAGAAGAACAAUCGACUCUACUUGUUCACGCCGCUCAAGAAGCGGACCGCAACAGGGUCAAGACUCGACCGCAGCGUCGGAUCCAACGGCGGGACUUGGCACGAGGACAACGUCGGCAGAGAGUCGCAGACCCUAGGCGGCGCCGUUUUGUGGACUGUGAAGCGGUUCAGCUACCGUACCAAGAAGAACAAGAAGGAGGAGGACAAAGGGACGCAGCUAACCUUUACUGCCCAGAUAUAUAUUCGUAGGGGAGUUACUUCCCUUUCAUGUUUCUACCUAUUUCCUUUUCUGCCUCCUCUUAACUUGCCAUUUUUAUCACAAUGGCGUCAUGAUUGUAACUGA